UUUAGCUAGUUUGAAAUAUUAUGGGAUUGGAUUUCGAAUAUUUAUAAAUUGAGUGAUCCAUUUUUAAUAUUUAGUUCAAAAUCAGAUGGACAUUCAUUAAAAUAAUUAUAUUUAAAAUGUUAAGAUUUUACUGAUUAUCCAGUAUUAUUAGUAAUCUAAACAAAUUAAAAUAUUGUAUGAAAUCUUAUUAAUUAAAUAGAUAUUUGGAGCAUUUUGUGAUCAAAUGUUAGAAGUAAAAAAUAAAUAUGUAGGUUCAAGUGAAACAUUUCUAUUUACUCUUUAACCAGAAGAAAGAAAAUACAAUCCAACAUCUGGAAAUAGUGAUUAUAUGAUGUGUGCAUUAGAUUAUUUAGCAUUUGGAAGUGGAAAGUAUAUUCUUAUAAUAUUAUUUAUUAGAUCUGGACCAGCAUUUUAAAUAGAUUCAGAAUUGAAUAAAGGUUUUACUUAUUAAAGUGAUACUUAUGAUAAUCCAUUAUUUACAGAGUAGAAAAAUUAAAAUCGAUUUAAAUGUUUAAGCAUUGAAGUGUAUUAUCUAAAAUGA